CGUGUCUUCGUUGACACGUUACAUAGGUAUUAUUGUACGGGUCGCGGAACCGAUCGUGUCUUCAACGUAUGGUAAGUAUCUAUACGAAAAAACAUAAUCAAACAGAUAGCUAACUAACACCGCGGUUACGAAAAAUACUGAACCGCAGUACAGUGUCACGAUUUAUGUUCUUGGCAAACACAACACUAUGCGUUUUGCUAAAUCCCUGUUGAUAUUGACUCUGGCAGUGACCGUUUCCCACGUAUCGCCAAGGAUGAUUAACUAUACUAGUAGCUUUACCUCGCUGGAGUUUCUCCAUCACGUGGCCGAGCACGAGUACGAAUGGAGGAACGUUCUGAAAGAGCAUGUUAUAAACCUGGGAGCGGUGCCAUACCACAACCGGAUUCUGGGUGUCAUAAACCCGGGUGAGACGAACCCGAGGGUCAUCCUCUACCGAAUCCUCUACAAUUUCUCGAACAUCGGGUCGUAUGUUGAAUAUGCUGCUUCCGCAUUGUAUAAGUCCCUGGCAUGUUAUUCGAUAAAACAUCUGGCGUUCCAGUCACACUACCUAUCCCGCAUGUUCGAUAAGAAGGCAGACCCCGGAGUCAUACAAAUCGAACUCGAUAGAAUCAAGCUUACUACUACUCUGAUCCUUGACAAGUUGUGUAUUCGGCCGGCCGACCUGACCAAUCUAUUCGAGUUUUACUGGGAGGCGAUUCGCCUGAUACAGUACGACAUCAACCACCACGCCAGAUAUCAAGUAUACCCAACAAAUUCCCAGUCCUACGUGGAUAUUCUUCACAUACGAAUCAAGGAUUUUCUAAAACACCACUGCGCUAAGUAUUUAUUAGACGGUCAUUUCCUCUACGACAUGGAGAUGAAGAUCAACUAUCUGUUAAUGGACGAAGUGCUCAACCUAAUUGUCGAUAUUCCGGAGUUGAAGAGAUUGGGCCAAGAACACGAGAACUUUGUGACGGCAUACUAUAAGAAUUUGGCAUUCGAAAUGUUACCGAAAUUACAGUGGGGCCAAGUAUUCUACUACACCAAACCCAGUAUUGCGCUCGAAAAAUUGCGCGAGACUAAUCCGCCAAUUACAUAUCCACCAACAGCUGUGGACAGCCCUACAAACGUGGAGCAGGCGGUAAUCGGGAAUAAACCUACAAGUGGAUCCAUAAUGAUAAUGUAAUUGCAUAUCUCAACGUUUUUAAAAUUAUACAAUUUGUAAUAAAAAUAAUAGUAUACCAUAACCAUAUUUUAUUGUACAUUGGGUUAUUAAGAUUAUAAACAUUUACGUAGUAUAUUUUAUUGAUUUUCUGUGUGAUAAUGAAAAUGAAACAUAAAUAUGUACGAC